CCAUAAAGUCCGACUUCAAAAGCGCGGGCAGCUUUGGCUCAGGGUUUUUCAUCCUCCAAACAGUCAACGACCAGUGCGACGUCGUUUGACCCCGAAUAACCAGACACCUUAUAUUUCUCAGAUUUUCAAGGAAGAUCACCGGAAAAAAUGGUGCACACUGCAUUCGAUUCGCUUGAACUACUCAAUGGUUGCCCCACGAAGAUCGACGCGGUUGAAUCCUAUGGCUCAAACCUACUAGUCGCUUGUGCCGACGGAUCUCUUCGAAUCUACGGCCCGGAAUCCUCCACCUCAUCCGCUGACAGAUCUCCACCGUCCGAUCGUCAUUCUAAAACCCUAGAAUUGAAGAGGGAACCAUACGUGCUUGAGAGAACUGUAAAUGGAUUCUCCAGGAAGCCUAUGCUGGCUAUGGAGGUGUUGGGGUCCAGAGAGCUUCUGCUUUCUCUCUCGGAGUCAAUUUCGUUUCAUAAGCUCCCGAAUUUGGAGACGCUAGCGGUGAUUACGAAGGCGAAAGGAGCUAAUGCUUACUCGUGGGAUGAUCGCAGAGGGUUCUUGUGCUUUGCUAGGCAAAAGAGGGUUUGCAUUUUCAGACACGAUGGAGGUCGUGGAUUUGUGGAGGUGAAAGAAUUUGGUGUUCCAGAUACAGUGAAGUCGAUGUCUUGGUGUGGCGAGAAUAUAUGUCUUGGGAUUAGAAGAGAAUACACGAUAUUGAACGCCACCAAUGGUGCACUUUCAGAGGUCUUCCCUUCAGGAAGAAUUGCUCCACCAUUAGUGGUGUCUCUUCCAUCUGGAGAACUUCUUUUAGGGAAGGACAACAUUGGAGUUCUUGUGGACCAAAAUGGCAAGCUCCUUCAAGAAGGCAGGAUCUGUUGGUCUGAAGCCCCUGCAGUAGUUGUCAUUCAGAAGCCUUAUGCUACAGCUCUUUUACAAAGACACAUAGAGAUACGAUCUUUACGAGUCCCUUACCCAUUAAUACAAACAGUUGUUCUUCGUGAUGUUCGCCUUAUUCACCAAGGAAACAAUGCAGUGAUUGUUGCCCUAAACAACUCCAUUCAUGGAUUGUUCCCAGUUCCUAUUGGAGCACAGAUUGUACAACUAACAGCAUCUGGAAACUUUGAGGAAGCUUUAGCAUUGUGUAAGCUACUCCCACCUGAAGAUUCAAACCUUCGAGCCUCAAAGGAGCAGUCAAUUCACAUCAGAUAUGCACACUAUCUGUUUGAAAAUGGGAGCUAUGAGGAAGCCAUGGAUCAUUUUGUGGCAUCUCAAGUGGAAAUAACUUAUGUUCUUUCUCUAUAUCCAUCUAUUGUUAUUCCAAAGUCAUCAAUGGUUUCUGGAGCUGAGAAGUUUUUGGAUAUGAGUGGUGAAGUUUACUUAUCAAGAGCUUCAUCUGGUGUGUCAGAUGACAUGGAAGCUUCUUCAACUUCUCAUACACUGGAAUAUGAUGAAAGCUCAGCUCUUGAAUCCAAGAAAAUGUCUCAUAACACAUUAAUGGCAUUAGUUAAGUUUCUACAGAAGAAGAGAAACAGUGUAAUUGGAAAAGCAGCUGCUGAAGGAACUGAAGAGGUUAUAUCAGAUGCUGUUGGACACACCCAUGAAAGCAAUCGAUCCAAAAGAUCAAACAAGGGGAGAGUCAACAUCCCCCUUGACUCAGGUGCUAGAGAGAUGGCAUUGAUAUUAGACACUGCACUUCUACAAGCUCUUCUUUUAACCUCACAAUCUACAGCUGCUUUGGAUUUACUAAAAAGUUUAAAUUAUUGUGAUGUGAAAAUAUGUGAGGAAAUAUUAAAAAAUGGAAGCCAUUAUUUAUGUUUAUUAGAGCUUUAUAAAUGGAACUCCAUGCAUCGUGAAGCUCUCAAGCUUCUCCAUAAGCUAGUCAACGAGUCAAAAUCAGAUCAAAAGUUCAAACCUGAGAUGAUAAUUGAAUAUCUCAAACCUUUAUGUGGGCCCGACCCAAUGCUUGUUCUGGAAUUCUCAAUGCAUGUUCUUGAAAGCUGUCCAAGUCAAACCAUUGACCUGUUUUUGACUGGAAACAUCCCUGCAGAUUUGGUCAACUCUUAUUUAAAACAACAUGCUCCCAAAAUGCAAGCUAUGUAUUUGGAAUUGAUGCUUUCAAUGAAUGAAAAUGGGAUCUCUGGGAAUCUUCAGAAUGAAAUGGUGCAAAUAUAUCUUUCAGAAGUGCUUGAUUGGUAUGCUGAUCUGAUUGGUGAAAAGAAGUGGGAUGAAAAAAGUUACACAGCAUCAAGGAAAAAGCUGUUAUCAGCAUUGGAGGGUAUUUCUGGAUAUAAUCCAGAGAUUUUAUUGAAAAGAUUACCUCCAAAUGCUUUGUAUGAAGAACGUGCAAUCUUAUCAGGGAAAUUGAAUCAACAUGAACUUGCAUUGUCCAUUUAUGUUCAUAAGCUUCAUGUUCCAAGCCUAGCUUUAUCCUACUGUGACAAAUUAUACGAAGCAGGACUUCAUCAACACCAAACUCCAAAAACCAACAUCUACCUCACGUUACUUCAAAUCUAUCUAAACCCUAAAAAAACAAUAAAAAACAUCGAAAAAAGAAUCGCAAAUCUCGUAUCUUCAUCAUCAUCAUCAUCAUCGUCAUCUCCAAGUCCUAAAGUCGGUUGGACAUCCGUAAAAACCAAAGCAAAAGGAUUAGGAAAAAAAAUAGCAGACAUCGAAGGCGCAGAAGAUUCUAGAAUCAGCCCAAGUGGAACCGAUAGUGGGAAAAGUGAUGGAGAUGGAGAUGGAGAUGAUUUUGGUGAGGAAGUCGUUUCCAAUAUCAUGCUUGAUGAGGUUCUUGAUGUGUUGGGUCAAAGGUGGGACCGGGUCAACGGUGCACAUGCACUCAAACUUUUACCUAAAGAAACCAAACUACAUAAUUUGCUUCCGUUUCUCGGACCUCUUUUGAGAAAGACGAGUGAAGCGCAUCGGAACUUUUCCGUGAUUAAGAGAUUGAGAGAAAGUCAGAACCUCCAAACGAAGGAUGAGCUAUACAGCCAUAGGAAAGUGGAUGUGAAGAUCACGGGAGAGAGGAUUCGCAGAAUAUGA